GCAUCGCAUCGCACCAAACUCUCUCAUUCCCCCUUCCACAACCCCAAACUGAGGCCACGAAACACAACAAAAACAAAACCAUUUGCAUUUGGUACGCACGCACUCUCUCAAUACCAGCUCCUACUUCAUUGCUGAUUCAACAAACUUUCAUCUCUUCUUCGUCAUGACAGCUUCUGUUGCUAAUUCCUUCAUAACCGUUAACCCUGAUGAGCUUCGCUUCCAAUUUGAGCUGGAGAAGCAAACAUAUUGCGAUCUUAAAGUUUUGAAUAACACAGAGAACUACGUUGCCUUUAAGGUCAAAACUACUUCGCCAAAGAAGUACUUUGUACGACCUAAUACCGGUGUUAUACAUCCAUGGGACUCAUGUAUCAUCAGAGUCACCCUCCAGGCCCAACAAGAAUACCCUCCAAACAUGCAAUGCAAAGACAAGUUUCUAUUACAGAGUACAGUAGUGGCUCCAAACACAGAUGUUGAUGAUCUUCCGCCAGAUACUUUUAGUAAGGGCGAAAAGUCGAUUGAGGAUUUGAAACUAAGAGUGCUAUAUAUCUCUCCUUCAUCACCCCAUGGAAGCAUAGAAGAUGAUCCAGAUUCUAGUCAAACCAUUCAGAGGUUGAAGGAGGAAAAAGAUGCCGCUGUCUUACAAACACGGCAACUGCAACAAGAACUGGACAUGCUGAAAAGGCGAAGAAAUCGUAAAGGCACUCCAGGCUUUUCCAUCACUUUUGCCAUGUUUGUGGGUGCCAUUGGAUUAUUGUUUGGUUUGCUUUUAAAACUUUCAUUGUCUUCACCAGUACCACCUACAGAAUGAUUUCAUACUGUUCACAACCUUUGCAUGCAGACCUUUUCAUGCUGUUAACUGUAAAGAUUUAUUUUCCCAUUCAAUGAGAUUUUUCUUCAUAUU